AUGAGGACCGCCCGACCCGAGGAGUACCACCCAACCCGAGGAGGACCGCCCAACCGAGAAGGACCGCCCAACCGAGGAAGACCGCCCAACCCGAGGAGGACCGCCCGACCCGAGGAGGACCGCCCGACCCGAGGAGGACCGCCCGACCCGAGGAGGACCGCCCGACCCGAGGAGUACCACCCAACCCGAGGAGGACCGCCCAACCCGAGGAGGACCGCCCAACCGAGGAGGACCGCCCAACCGAGGAAGACCGCCCAACCCGAUGAGGACCGCCCGACCCGAGGAGGACCGCCCGACCCGAGGAGGACUGCCCGACCCGAGGACCGCCCAACCGAGGAGGACCGCCCGACCGAGGAAGACCGCCCGACCCGAGGACCACCCAAUCCGAGGAGGACCGCCCAACCGAGGAGGACCGCCCGACCCAAGGAGGACCGCCCGACCCGAGAAGGACCGCCCAACCGAGGAAGACCGCCCGACCCGAUGAGGACCGCCCGACCCGAAGAGGACCGCCCGACCCGAGGAGGACUGCCCGACCCGAGGACCGCCCAACCGAGGAGGACCGCCCGACCGAGGAAGACCGCCCGACCCGAGGACCACCCAAUCCGAGGAGGACCGCCCAACCGAGGAGGACCGCCCGACCCAAGGAGGACCGCCCGACCCGAGAAGGACCGCCCAACCGAGGAAGACCGCCCGACCCGAGGACUACCACCCAACCCGAGGAGGACCGCCCAAUCCAAGGAGGACCGCCCAACCGAGGAAGACCGCCCGACCCGAGGAGGACCGCCCGACCCGAGGAGGACCGCCCAACCCGAGGAGGACCGCCCGACCCAUGGAGGACCGCCCAACCCGAGGAGGACCGCCCGACCCGUGGAGGACCGCCCGACCCGUGGAGGACCGCCCGACCCGAGGAGGACCGCCCACUUACAUUUAUAA